AUGUUUUCUAUGGGUGAAAACAAAUAAGCGCCAUCAAAUGUCAAAAUCAAAUAUUCAUACAAUAAUAUUGUCUGUUAAAUAUUCUUGACGUUGAUACAUAUUUCGGAAUUAAGUUAAUGUCGGGAUAAAAUUUUUAAUAUGGACACUAAUACCAAUGAUUUUGUUAUUCCCGAAGAUAAUCUGAAUGAACUAAACGAACAGCUGAACCAACGUUUACAAUAUUACCAAGAAGAAAAUGCCCGAAUGGAGGCUGUAUUUAGGCAGUUAUAUCUUUUAAAUGAAGACCAAUGUAAUACUGAAAUUAAUGACAACUUGGAAACUUUAGCAAAAAGAGCUGAAGAGCAUGGCACUAUAGGUAUACACCCGACAAGCCAUUCCUUGUCGCAGGCAGAUAAACUUCGUAUACACAAUAUGUACUCUUCAAAAAUUAAAAUCUGUACUAAACUAUAUGUUGCCCUUAAUGAAAAACUCACAAAGGAAAUACAAUUUAUCAAAACAGAAUUAGAAGAAUCAAAAAAUAAAAUAUCAGCAAUACCUAUAAUGUCUAAUGGUGCAUUAAUCCAAUCAGAAGAAAAAAUAAAGAGGUAUGAGAAGGAAUUGUUAAAAGCAGAGAUUAAAUAUCCUUGGCUAAAGAAGACAUACUUGCAUUUGCCAAAUAUUUCUGAAGAACUGAAUAUUUUAAGAGAACUUAGGACAGAAAAAGAGUCUUUGGAAGCAGAACUAGAAGAAAAGUAUCAUGGUCUUGCACCUGAUAUGGAAGAAGCUGCAAAGCAAGUAGAGGAGAGCAAGAGGAGAUACAUAGAGUUACAACAAAAACUUCUUAGUCAAGGAAAGAUAGAUUUUGUUGACACUAAAUUAACAACAUGUGAAUGACCCUAUAUGACACAAAAAAAAUAGCAUGGAUUCUUCAGUACUGCUUAAGGAUAUGAUAUGUAUUUUUCUUAAAGUAGCCCAUUGUACAUAAUGGAUAUUUUAUGAUUAAUCUCUUGUCAGAACCUCUUAUAUUAAGAGAUUAUUCUCGAGAACUUGUUUCUUUUGAACAAGUACCAAAAUCUUUAUUGUUUCAUUAAAAUAAGCUGAGUGAACUUGGUAAGCCUCUUUUUUUUCAUCAAUUUACUUUUAUAAAUACUAUAUAUACCCGAGCAAAUUAUAAUAAAAUUAUUAUUGUUUUAAA